GAUUUCUUUCCUUUUGAGGGUACCUCACCACAACACGGACCCCGAGCACGACGUCCCCAACGUAAAAAUCGCGUGUAUGCAGGCCUUGGAUAUCCAACGCAGAGGAGCCCUUUGGUGGAUGUUGGUGAUCGGGUCGGACACUGAACACGAGGAACGAGAGAGCUGGACGAUCAUCGGACGGACGGACGGACGACCGAGGCCGCUCCACACAUAAAUAUCAAGCCCGAAGCUUGCCAAGACUUUUAGUUGAGUCCAUCGUCGAGCAGUGCGAGGAUCAUCACAAGUCCCCCGGCAUUGACUUCAGCAGGAGGACGAUGAGGAUGAGGAUGGAGAGGAGGAAUACAAUGGCUGUGGAAAAAUUCGCCGCACCUGCUCUGUCUGCCCUUCUCCUUCUGUUGGUCCUGACCCAAGUAUCGGGGCAAGAGGGAGAAGACACCCCGGACGUAUUGGAUCUCUCACCCAGUUCUCUCUGCAAGGACAGAAACGACAAGGAGUACUUCAGAUUGACCACCAAGGGCGAUUGUCGGGAAGUCGUGAGGUGUGACCGAGCGGGAGUUUCCGACGAGAUUCGUUUGGCAGCACUCCGCUGCCCGACUGGUCUGAGUUUCGACGUUUACGGGCAGAACUGUGAUUGGGGCCGAAAUGUCAAUAACUGUGAUGUUUUGUCUAAGCCCCGUAAGGUUCUCCCCAACAUCUUCACGGACGAGCCUGUUUGUCCCGACGGUGAAUUGCAAUGUGGAGACGGAAAAUGCAUGGACAAAAAACUCUUCUGCGACGAGAGACCUGACUGUGCAGAUGGGUCGGAUGAGAAUGCUUGCUCAGUUGAACAGGACCCCAACAGAGCACCCGAUUGCGAUCUUAGCCAAUGUCAACUGCCCGACUGUUUCUGCUCGGCUGAUGGAACGAGGAUUCCGGGAGGCAUUGACCCUGCUCAAGUGCCACAGAUGAUCACCAUCACCUUCAAUGGGGCUGUCAACAGCGACAACAUGGACGUGUACAACACCAUUUUCAAUGGAGAGAAGCAGAACCCCAAUGGAUGCAGCAUCAGGGGAUCGUUUUAUGUCUCUCACAAGUACACAAACUACUCCGCCGUCCAGGAACUCCACCGCCGAGGUCACGAGGUCGGUGUGUUUUCCAUCACCAACAAAGAGGACCCUCAGUAUUGGACGGAAGGCACUUACGACGAUUGGUUGGCCGAGAUGGCUGGAGCUCGAUUGAUCGUAGAGCGUUUUGCCAACAUCACCGACGGAUCUGUCAUUGGCAUCCGAGCUCCCUAUCUCAGAGUAGGCGGCAACAAGCAAUUCGAGAUGAUGGCUGAUCAGUUCUUCGUCUACGAUACCUCCAUCAGCGCUCCUCUGGGACGUGUUCCCAUUUGGCCGUACACUUUGUAUUAUCGCAUGCCCCACAAAUGUCACGGAAACGCUCAGAACUGCCCCUCCAGGUCCCACCCGGUGUGGGAGAUGGUCAUCAACGAACUUGACCGGCGAGAUGACCCUAGCUUUGAUGAGAGAUUGCCCGGUUGCCACAUGGUCUCCUCGUGUUCCAAUAUUCAGUCGCCACAACAAUUCGGGUCAAUGCUAAGGCACAACUUCAAUCGCCAUUUCGAGACCAAUCGAGCUCCAUUGGGUCUCCACUUCCACGCCUCGUGGCUCAAACAGAACAAAGAUUUUGUGAAAGAACUCAUCAAAUUCAUUGACGAGAUGAUUGAUCGGAACGAUGUCUACUUUGUCACCAUGCUUCAGGUCAUUCAAUGGAUGCAAAAUCCCACCGAGAUCACCGCUCUCCGGGAUUUCUCCGAAUGGAAAGAGAAAUGUGACGUUAAAGGCCAGCCUUUCUGCUCCUUGCCCAACGCAUGCCCGCUGAAUACCCGAGAGCUGAAGGGAGAGACCCUCCGUCUGCACACGUGCAUGGAAUGUCCCAAGAACUACCCAUGGGUUUUGGAUCCUACCGGAGACGGAUAUUCGUUCAAGUAAACGGUUCCCGCCGCAAAUUUAGAAAUCAAAUUUUAUACGCCAUUAAACCAACUAGACGGAUUCAACCGGACUGGUCCGAUUGAUGACAACGCUAUGAAAACAUGUAUCUAAAGGAUCCAUAAAUUUACCACGAGAAAAGGCAAACUGAAAUAUACGUUUCCACAAAUCA